AUGCACUUUCGCUACCUUCUUGCAGCUCUCGCAGCAACAGCAUCUGCCUCCUUCACCAACAAAUGCCAAUCGUGCAAUCUCAUCAUCAACAAGGCCGAAGCCGGUGUCAUGGGAUGCGAUUGCUUCAACGACUCUAAUCAGCUCGUCGGUUCGAUUCUUCGGCUGUCAACGUGUUUUGCGAAUGCAAACGGGAAAUUGAUUCCGCAGGCAAAUGGUAACUUUGUCAAAAGUUGCUCGGUUGAGGGUCUAUUUCCCUCGUCGCAGCGUUCGUUGUUCUUGUCUGUUAAGUGCAAGGACAACAGUGGAAAUGAGCAGAGUGGAUCGUUCGAUAUUAAUGCUGGUAGCACUAUUACAAGCGUGAACGGGGUUAUGAAGUGCUUCGGGCAAGGCGGCCCAAACUAG